AUGGCUUCUCAAGGGGAUGAACGUGAGAUGAAAGCGCCUGCAGGAGGAGAUCCGCCGACCAAUCUGGCAAGGCGUGUUUCUACGCGCAGGCUAAAGCCGGCGACUACGUCGUUGAUAGGGAACGACUUGCCCCUUUGUAUCCUUUUAAUCUCUUUCGCGAUAUUAGUGGUCACGGGUUUGAAUAUUCUACCAGGAACUGCGGCGUUCGGUAAAGGUCCUGGUGGUAUUCUCGUAGGUGUUUUCAUAUAUUUUGUCAUCGUUGCUAUGAUUGGCAGUAUCAUCUAUGGGGUCUUCGGUGGUACGAUCGGUGGUGUCUCUCAUAAAUUUUUUGCUAUGUCAAUCGGCGUCAACGUGAAUUUUAUAAGGAAGCAUAUCGGUCGUCUCAUUCGUAGCGAUCGCCUGCUUUGUUCCUUUUAUCCCAUGGCUCGUUGGUUUCCUAAUGAAGCAAGCCCUGACGAAGAUACGGUUACUACAGACGAUAUUCAUCGUAUAAUCCACAGUAUGGAGCUUUUAAACAAGCGUACCAUCGAGCGUCUCGAUAGUAUGGCGGGUUCAACCGAGCGUAUCAGCAAGCGUCUCGAUAAUAUGGGUGACUUACUUCGUAGGUGUCUUUACGAAUCGGAUAGUGAAAGCGACGAAGAUGGUGAGAGCGAUAUGGAUGAUGAAAACUAUACGGAUGAUGAAGGAACAGACGAUAAUCCGGACGUUUGCGAUCCUACACGUCAGUUUCUGCCUCUAGGCUCAAGUGACUCCAAGGAUGAAUGA